AUGGCGUACUACGAGGACCGUUAUCGCGACCGCUACGCACGCCCCACCAGUUACGCCGAUCCAUAUGAUGAACCUCGCGGCCAUUAUAGAAGACACGAGCGAGACUCAUAUGUGCCUCGUGCCAGCAACGACUCGGUCGAGGAGAUACAGCGCGACUAUCCGCCAGGCUCGGACUAUACCUACGAGCGGUCUUAUGACUCUCGGCGGUCGAGACGACCUGUCUACGAAAAUGUGCGCCGUGCCUCCUCAGUCGGCGCUUACGAUGCUCCCUACCGAAGCUCUGGUCCUCGUCGCCCAAGACACUACGAGGAUGAACGCUCCCGUCGCUCCAGAUAUGAUUCUGAUUCUUCUUCGCCAAGUCGCUCUCCACCCCGCAACAGACGUCGCAAGUCGUUCAGCGAUCAAGCCCUGGGUGCCAUAGGCCUCGGGGGUGCCGCUGCUUCUUCCAGCCGCGGCGACCGUGGUCGCAGCCGUUCCCAGUCCCGCCAUCACCAUCGAUCGUACUCAAGGUCACCGUCAGAUUCACGCAGUCGCCAUCGUGGCGGCAGCAGCAAACGCGAUAAAAGCACGCAGCGCAUCGCUCAGGCUGCUCGCGCCGCUUUGACAGCUGGUGCAGUUGAGGCUUUCAAACAACGCAAAGAGCCUGGCGAAUGGGCCGGUGCGAAAGGAAAGCGCGUCCUCACUGCCGCUGUGGCUGCUGCUGGAACCGACGGCCUUGUCGACAGAGACCCCAGCAAGCAUGGAACACGUCAUGUUCUCGAGUCCACGCUUGCAGGUCUGGCUGCCAGUCACUUUGUCGGUGGCGGUUCACGGUCGCGCUCACGAUCUCGUGGUCGGGAUCACUCUUCAGGUGGUGGUCUCAAGAACCUCGCUGCCACUGGAGCCCUUGCUGCUGCCGGAAAGGAAAUCUAUGAUCGAUACUCAAAAUCACACUCGAAAUCACGUUCUCGGCAUCGCGGCCGUAGUGAUUCUCGUGGCAGUGAUGAGGACGACCGUGGUUCCCACAAGCGCAGCAAGAGUGUUUCGGACUACAUCGGUCAGGGCAUGGCGGCCCUGGGACUCGGCGGAGAGCAAGAAGAACGUCGCCGCGAUAGCGGAGACGAUCGUAAAGAGCAUCGGGAGCAUCGUCGGGAGCAUCGGGACGACCGAGAGCGGCGUCAUCGCCGGGGACAUCGGGACGACGAUUAUUCGGAUUCAGAUGCGGAAAGCGAUUAUUACAACAGGGACUCGAGACGGGGCAAAGGCUCGAGAGAUGUAGGUCGGUACCGUUCAUCGGACGGAAGAAAUCCACCCCCAUGUGCACGCACCAGUGCUUCGCGCGGUGCCGGUUCUAAGGACCGCGGCAAUAGCUCCAGCUCCGAGAGUGAUUCUGACCUAGGUGACAGUUCUGAUGAGAAGAAGCAACGGAAGAAGCUGAAGCGGGAUAUGUUGGUGACGGGAGGCCUGGCCAGUGUGGCCACCAUCCACGCUGCGCACAGUGUCUACACUAGCAUUGAGAAAAGGAAGGAGCGACUGAAGCAGUUACAGGAGGGAGAGAUCACGCCCGAGGAGGCCCGCAAACGCCGCAUGACCGCUAACGCCAAGGACGCCCUGAGUAUUGGUCUCGCUGCACUGGGUAUCAAGGGUGCCUAUGGUGAAUGGAAGGAACUCAUGGAAAAGCGCAAAGAAAACACCCAUUUCCAGGAGGAAUGCGCCGAACGUGCGAUUAAGCGGGAGCGUCGCCGCGCUCACAGCCAGGGCCCACCCUCUCGCCAUCAUCGCUGGCCUGAUGAGAUCGAAUAUGCCCCUUCGACGGCCGAUUCCCGGAACGACCAUACCCCUCUUUACCGUGAUGGAAAUCCUUACCGCGUUCAUGAGGCACCGCAGAUAUCUUACUAG